CAGUCUUCUCCUGAAUCUUGCAGCUUAGGGACGUAACACCAUCGAUCAUUACUUAGAACCCUCCCGUGUCUGGGGUUUCACGCACCCGUUGAACCCGUCGAGAAGGAUAUAAGGGGAUUUUGUUCUUUUCUUACAAAGUUGGAAGUCAAUAGUGAGGCAAGAAAGCGGCCUUACGUGCGGGAAAAGUCCAGCCGCGCGCAAUCUCGAUGGGAAAGCGAACGACGGUUAUUGUUGGGAAGCGUGCGAUCAACGAGAUGGCGAUACCAGUGCCCGCGCCGGCCGAAGCGGCUGCGGAAAUCGACAUUGGGAGCGUCUCGAAAGCGCAGAGGGAGUCGCGGCGUGUAUAUGCGCGCAAGAAGAAGCGGGUUUCUGAAGAAGAAAGAGGAAAAUCCUUCAAGAAGCAGAACGUCGCGAGCGGAGCUAAUAAUGAGGACGCGGAUAGUGGAAAAGCCCUAAUGGUUUACGAAGCCCCGGCGGGUUCUGAAUUAAAGGGUUCCGAAAACAUGGAUGUUGAAGACGAGCCGCGAGUUGAGAUCACUCCGUUAGCCCUUGUGCCUUUGGAAGAACCGAGGAAACAGGCGACGGAGUUGCGCAUGCUACACUCGUACUCGUUGUUAAUAACGAGUGAGUUUACAGCGGAGAUGAGGGAGAUGGCGGGAGGACCCGAAACGGCGAGAAUAACUCGCGCUGGGAGAAGGAAGGCAACGGAAGGGAGAGAAGUUGGAGGAGUGGGAAGCGGUGCUGGAGGAAGUAGUGGGGGGGGAGAAGUAAGGAUGGAGUGGGUGGGUAAGGAAGUGAGGAAGGGGCUGGGAAGGAAGGGAAAGGGGAAGGUAUCAACUCGUGACGUAUCGGUGGCGGGAGGCAGUGACUGGGAGACGGAGCGUGAGAAAGCGGAGAGGGAGCGCAAGGAAGCGGACAAGGAGCGCGAGGAAACGGGCAAGGAGCGCGAGGAAGCGGAGGGUGGGCGAGAGGAAGCGGAGGCGGAGGCUUGGGGUAAAUCAGAGUUGAAAGUGGUGCUGGGGGAAGUGGUAGAGACGGUAGAGGCGGUAGAGGCGGAGGAAGUGGUACAAGCGGAGGAGGUGGAGCGGGCAGGUGCGGCGUUAGAGACGGAGGAGGCAGUAAAGGCGGAGAAGGCGGAAGAGGCGGAGGAGGCGGAGGAGGUGGAGCGUGCAGUUUGCAAAGAGGUUCACUAUGAGGCGCCUAAAAACGCGGCGGUAGAGGCGGUAGUGGCGGUAGAGGCGGAGGAAAUGGCGGAAGGGUUGGGCAAGCGGUCAGGCCCGGAAGGGAAGAUGGGGCUUCAGGAGAUGGGAGGCGCGCGGAAGCAGGCCAGGGAGCUGCGCAUGCUGCACUCGUCGUCGUUGCUGAUGGCGUUGGGAGCCGGGGGACGGAGGCGGUGUCUGCGCCGGCAGCAGCAGGCGGCGGAGGGAGUGGGAGGAGGGGGGGGAGUGGGAGGAGAAGGAGGAGUGGGAGGAGAAAAAAGAGGGAGAGGAGGAAGGGUGAGAGGGGAGCGAAGAACAAGAGGAGAACGAAGAGCAGAAGGCGAAGAAGGAAUAGCGGAAGGAGAAGAGGCGGAAAGAGCGGAGGCGGAAGGAGAGGAGGAGGCAGAAAUGGAUCUGGUGGAGGUGGCGCGCAUGGGCGGGGAGUACCUGGGGGGGGACGGGUACGAGGACCUGGACCACUUUUUUGUGUUCGAGCACGACAAGUACGACCGCGAGGACUUCGUUUCUGCGCUCGCUGAAGGCAGCCUGAGGGAAUACCCCUUCCCCCGCCCCGUGCCCUUCCCCUCCCCCUUCCCUGGUGAUCCCAGCCCGAGAGAGUUCCCCUUCCCCUUCCCUGACGUGGGAGCAGGGAGGGCUGCUUCCCUUUGAGGUACUCAACUGCAUCAUGGAAGGGGGGGGAGAGUGGGGGAGGGGGAGGUAGCGCGCAUGGGCAAGGAGUACCUGGGGGGGGACGGGUACGGGGACCUGGACCACCUCUUUGUGUUCGAGCACGACAAGUACGACUGCGAGGACUUUGUCUCUGCACUUGCUGAAGGCAGCCUGUGGGAAUAGCCCUUCCUCCACCCCAUGCCCUUCCCCUCCCCCUUUCCCCUCCCCCCUUCCCCCUUCCGCCUCCACCCUUCCGCCUUCCCCCUUCCCCCUUCCCCCUUCCCCCUCCCCCCUGCCCUGCCUUCCCUCUCUCAAUACUGUCAAUUUGCUAUCCUGAUGGGGUCUGUCUAGAGUUUGGAACCCUUGCACGCCCCUUUCCCUCUUGCUCCUUGUUGAUAACUAGCGUAGCUGCCCCUUGCUGCCUUGCUUGACAGGUGGCCAGAGACAGCCGAGUGUAACACGUUUGCAUCAUUGAUCAUGUUAACUUAUUCCAGCACUGCUUACAUAUAAAGUGUUGCCCGCGUA